AUGGAGACCCCAAAGCCGCCCUCCCUUGCCGCUUCUUCGGAUUCCUACGCAUUUCACCUACAAGCAUGCCUCAGAAAGAGAGACUUAUUUUCUGGGAAAUCAAUCCAUGCCCAAAUCAUCAAAUCCGGGCUUCACUUCGGAGUGUUCUUAAUGAAUAACCUUAUGAGCUUGUACAUGAAAACUGGGUAUUCUUUGGAUGCUCACCGUGUGUUUGAGGAAAUGCCUGUGAGGAAUACACUUUCCUGGAAUGCGAUUCUCUCUGCUUAUGCAAAGCAGGGAAAAUUUGAUGCAGCACGUAGAGUUUUCAAUGAAAUGCCUGAACGCGACUCUGUUUCAUGGACUUCCAUGAUCGUGGGUUACAAUCAGAUGGGUCGUUUUGGUAAUGCCAUUCAGAUGUUUGUAGAUAUGAUUUCAGAUGGAGUUACGGUAACCCAGUUCACGAUUACUAAUAUUCUUUCCGCAUGUGCUGCUGUUAAAGCUUUGGAUGUUGGUAGGAAGGUUCAUUCGUUUGUUGUUAAACUUGCAGUUGGUAGUUAUGUUUCUGUUGCAAACUGUCUUCUAAACAUGUAUGCAAAAUCUGGUGAUCCAAGGACAGCGAAGAUUGUUUUUGAUAGGAUAAGAUUGAAAAACACAUCGAGCUGGAAUGCUAUGAUUUCUUUGCAUAUGCAAUGUGGUCGUGCUGACCUUGCUCUUGAUACAAUCAGCAUGGGCUUGAUAUGGAGGCACUGA